AUGGAUGCAAAGCAUUCCAAUAAAGGUGGUAGUGCUCAGAGGUUCAACAACCAAAAUGUAAUUGAUUCUAAAUUCAUCACCGUUUUAUUUAGAAAGUACAGACAGCUAAACGUGAAAAAAGUGGUAAUUCGGGUGGAAAGAGAUAAGUUUUUCAUCUAUCUGCAGGUGUGGAAAAAGGGAACCAUGAGGACUAUCAGCACAGAGCGGGCGGAUAAGAUAAUUUUGGAAAGGCGGAUCGAGUCACUCGCGCUGCAUAGGUCUAAGAAGAGGCUGGGCAGGGAGAUGAGGUACUCGGAUAUGAAUCCGAUCGAGAGGAAAGUGGUUGGUUUGUCGGCAAAAAAAUGGAGGAUACUGGUGGGUGUUAAGAAACGAAGAGAAGCGGAACAUGCCACAAAAGAACGACGGGGAAAACCAAGGCAUCGGCUCAAGGCACUUAAGGGACGGUCUGUAGAUGUCAAGAACUAAUUCUCAGUAAUACCACGUAUUUAAUAAAGGUAUGAUUUUCAGGA